GAUGUCCAGACUCUGGGAGUAGUGAUUAGGAACCUAAUGACUUCCAGCUCAUCAGAUCGAUUAUUCGAGUGGUCACUGGUUGAUACGGUGCGUGAUUUUGUCUGGCUGUCGAGCAAUAGGUACAUAGGAUUGAUCAUCAGCAUAUUCUAAACAAAAAAAGUAAUCACUUGUUGUUCCUUACUCGUGACGGAAUGAUGAUCAUCUCACAAUCUUAGACGAACGAACUUCCUUAUAUAAUGUUAUCUCGAGUGAAAUCUAUAUGUUCCAAAUGUAUGGUUUUGUGCAAUCUUCAGUGAAAUCUAUAUCCUACUGUUUAUCACAAGUUUUACGAGAAUGACAUUAGUGAAAGACAUUCAGCAAUGGUCCGGAUCGAAUCAAACUAAUGAGAGUUGCGGUCCAUUAGUGAAAGACAUUUUAGAAUUAAGGAUCAGGCCAUUAUUGUAUUCAGUCCAUUUGAUCCGGUCUAAAUAUCAAUUCGCUUCAUCAUUUCUGUAGUAAUUGUAAAACUUAUGAAGACCAAAGACUGUCAUGCAUUAUACUCGAUCGGUCUGGUGUGGUCCGGUAACGACUGUGCAUAAUAAACUUUUAGUGGCUGGGUUUGGUAAGGAAGAGAGAAUAAUGUGAAUUCAGCAAAUCGAUCAAAUAGUUGUGUGUCCUCACUACUUGACUGACUUGACUCCUCCAUCUCCAUGAACGUUGUUUCUACUUUUACAAUCUGCAGGCCAACGAAUGGGAGAAGAAUUCCUUGGUCACUUCAAAUCUUCAAUAAUGGGGAUUUAAACCACCCUGUAGGGAACAAAACUGGGCUAAACAUGACCGUUUCAACCGGAUGAUAAUUUGAAUCCAAUCUAUAAAUCUAAUUAAAUUCAUUCACUAAAAAUUCCAAUUAAUCCAAAUUUUCAAUUGAUUGGUGGAUUCAUGGAUAUGAUUGAUGAAUAUUUGAAAAAUUACAGUUUGUUACCUAUAUCUUUUAUAUUUUAAUGCCUAAAUUUUGAUUGUUUAUCAUUCAAAACCUACAUGUUGGUAUCUAAUUUGCGCUAACCAGCACCGUAUAUCUUCUUACUCAAUAUAUAUAUAUAUAUGGUGACGUUUUCGGUGCACUCACUUUUUUGGGUGCAUUCAGUGCACUCGCUUCAUAACCGUCAUUUUAAACAUGCGAUUUAUGUCAAAAUGAUGUCAAUCAUCACUUAUGAUGUGAUGAACAAUAACACACAUGAAUUUGCACAAAAAACCAUUAAAGAUUUACUUUAAUUUGAAGGAUUAGAGUUUAGAGAUUUAGGAUUAGGGUUAGGGUUAAUAAUUUGGGGUUUACAGAUAGAACUCAAAAUUGGAGGUCUAUGGCUUAGGGUAAUCCGCUAAUUAGUUGUUAUCAUAUGUUAUAUUAUCAUAUUACACUAAUUCUGCAAAUUAAAAUUCAAAAUCCGACACCUUAAGACUAGUUUUUGAGUUGGGUGCAUUGAACGCACUCAUUUUUGUGGGUGCACCGAAGUAGUCACCCAUAUAUAUAUAUAUAUAUAUAUAUAAUAUAAAAAUCAGUAAAGUGAAAGGAAGGAAAGGAAAAACAUAAGACGUUUACGUGAUAGAGAGACUACUCAACGAAGAGCCGAAGCUUUUGGCGAUCAAACAACUACCGAAAUUUUUGCUUAAAAGAAAAAUGAUGAGAUGUAAGAAUAGAAUCACAAUAGAUGAGGAAGAAGUCGAUGAUUCCCAGACAUGGCUUUCCCCAGAUAGGCAAAGAGCAGCACUAAUGCAAUUGGCUAAGUCAUCUGGGACCAUGACCCCGCAGGAAUGUUUGAAAUCAGCAACAAAUGUGGAAAGGGGAUUCCACAUGUAUUAGACUGUGUAUUUUAAUUGGUGGAUCGUAUCGAAUUACAGGAUUUUUUUGUUGACUUGACUUGUAAGUAAUUGCAACUUAAUUAAACACACAUGCUUGCAUUGCAUGGGCCAUUACCAAUUGAUGGAGAUAAGCACAUAAUUAAACACACAUGAUUUCUAGCUUACUACAUAGUUUGGAUUUAUGACUGAUAAGGUUACAUAUCAUGAUUCCUAUUUAUAGUAUCCAUCAAUCCUAUCUGUAGUUUAAAUUUAUUAGCACUCGUUGCAACUCCACAAGCAACGAGAAAAAUUACAAAGAUGUGGUGGGAGAAUUUCAUAUUGAUUUGCACUCGUUGGCCAAUGAGUAUAUGGAUCAGAGGAUGAUGAUCUACAUAUUUGGUGACCGACAACUAUUAAUUAGAGAAUUUACAAAGCUUCGGCAUCUAGUUGCAUUGAUUCCGAUGCCACUUCCAUGCUCUCCUACAGGGAGCGAGAGUUUCUCCAUGGUCUUCCUAUUUGAAAUGGAGCGAGAGAAAGAUGAGUAAGAGUGCAAAAUCAAAUUCGAACAAAGAGAUCGGUUUCAACACAACUAAAACAAAUCUAUUAAAAAAAGGAUAUCAUUAGAAGAUUCUCAUAUGUUGCACCUUGGUCCUUGGAAGAAUGGUUCUAAAAUUUGAUAGAAUUAUUUUCAAAAAAAAGUAUGCUUAUUUUGAAUAGUAAUCAUCUGAAAUCAAAUUGAAAUAUAAGAGAGAAUUAAAAAAUAAUAAAUGGAUAACUGAAAGAACUCACAAUUAUCCUCUUGGACCAACACCCUUUAUGUAUUGUUAAGUUUGUGAGAUUAUGCUUUUGAGAUGCUGACAACAUAUCCUUUUUUAUGAUUCUCACGCCUUAAAGGAGUAACUAUUAACUAAACAUGUUUGAUAAUAAAAAACACAAUCAAAAUUUGCUCUUAGUCCUUUGAUAAUCAUACUUUCUUCAAAAACACUCACCCACCAACUAACAAUAACUCAGUUGUCAUUGAAAAAAAAAAAAACUGAAAGCAUAAUCGUUGCAUUGUAAAAUUUAGGAAUUUUCGCAUUGUUGCUUGAUUCAUCAAACGGUGAUCUGACCAUAUGAUACAACCACCCAAUUUAUUGCAUCUGGAGCCUUUGAUUUCCUACAGUGGUAAAAUGAAAGCGCAACGUCACCUAUUUGGCAAAAGCAGCUUCAUUCAUGUCGUCUUGCAACAGAGACAGAGACUAAAUGGAGUAAAAGGACCCCAUUGUCAUAAAUGAAACCCAGCUGCAGCAGCAGAGUGGACGAAGAGAAGAGCUCUACCAGUACUAGCCUACUGGUUUUACAGUAUCCCAAGCUCCCCUUUCUAAAUGAUGACUGAGGUGACUGAGGUGCUUAAGUUUCUUUCACUCAAGAAGAAAAUCACAGCCAUGAUGAUCUUCCUUCUCCUCCUCCUCUUCUCCUGCAUCACUUUCAGCCUCUGCAAAGUCGUGUUCCGAAACAGAUCACAUUCAUGCUGCUACAUGCUCCACUACGAGUGCUACAAGGGCACCGAGGACAGGAAGCUCGACACCAUGACCUGCGCCGAGCUCCUGAUGAGGAACAAGAACCUUGGGCUGCAAGAAUACAGGUUCCUCCUCCAAGCCAUCGUCAACUCUGGCCUUGGGGAGGAAACUUACGGCCCAAGAAACAUCCUGGAAGGCAGGGAAGCCACUCCAACCCUCUCCGACUCCCUCUCGGAGAUCGAUGACAUCGCGUUCGACACCUUGGAUGCCCUCUUCGCCAAGACCGGAAUCUCCCCAAGGGAUAUCGACAUCCUGGUGGUCAAUAUCUCUCUGUUUUCCCCUGCACCUUCUCUGACUUCCAGGGUUGUCAACAGGUACAAGAUGAGGGAAGACAUCAAGACGUUCAACAUUUCUGGGAUGGGGUGCAGUGCAAGCAUUAUCGCGGUGGAUCUGGUGCAGCAGCUGUUCAAGAUUAACAGCAAGGCUUUCGCCAUUGUGGUGAGCUCGGAGUCGAUUGGACCAAACUGGUACUGUGGGAAGGAGAGGUCCAUGAUUCUGGCCAACUGCCUGUUCCGGUCCGGUGGGUGUUCGAUGCUGUUGACCAACAAUGGGAGCUUGAAGGGGAAAGCAGUGAUGAAGCUGAACCAAUUGGUGAGAACCCAUUUGGGAGGAGAGGAUGAUGCUUACAACUGCUGCAUUCAAAUGGAAGAUAAGGUUGGACAUGCAGGCUUCCUCCUCACAAAGGGGCUCACUAAAGUUGCUGCUGUAGCCUUCACAUUGAACCUCAGGGUUUUGGUCCCAAAGAUACUCCCAGUGAAGGAUCUUCUGCUUUAUGUCAUCCACACUUACGGUCGAAAGAAGGCGAAAGGCGGGGGUGCUCCAUCGGUUGAAGCGGCAGGAGAAGGGCUUAACAUGAAGGCAGGAAUUGAGCACUUCUGCAUACACCCUGGUGGGAGGGCAGUGAUUGAUGGGGUUGGGAAGAGCUUGGGGCUGAACGACUAUGAUCUCGAGCCAUCUCUAAUGGCAUUGCACCGAUUCGGGAACACCUCGGCUGGUGGGCUUUGGUAUGUGUUGGGGUACAUGGAGGCCAAGAAGAGGCUGAAGAGAGGUGACAGGAUAUUCAUGAUUGGGUUUGGUGCAGGUUUCAAGUGCAAUGCCUGUGUGUGGGAGGUGACUAGGGAUUUGGCUGAUGAGAAUGUUUGGGAAGACUGCAUUGAUUCGUACCCUCUUCCUACAAUCAAUUUUAGCCCUUUCCUGGAGAAGUUUAGCUGGAUUAACGACGAGGGACGCACCCAUGUCGAUCUGACUUCUGCAUUUAACAAGGAUUGAAGGCUUAUUCAGAAGUUGCUUAAGGUAAUCAACUGCCUUUCAAAGGCACGAUGUAUUUUACCUUAUUUCUAGAAUUCAUGCAUUUCAAAGUACUGCAAAUCAAGGUUGGAUCCUGUUCUGGGUCAUAUCAUGUAUCAGCAUUUUGUUAAGGAUUGCUAGGGUCGAUGAAAAGAAGUGUAUCGAAAAGGAUGGCUAGUGUCGAUGAGUGCUUCAACACUUAAGUCUGCCGUGCUUUUCACUUUCCGAUACAAAGCUUUAUGAGCUUUGCUGCGGUUUACAGGUAAGAUGUUACCCAGCACUGCCCGUACAACAAUCCAGAAUAAUGAUAAUACUCACAAAGAACCCAACUGAUUCCCAUAGAGCAAAAUAGCAAUCCAUGUAUCAUUACCAAAACUUUUGAAUCGAUGCUCAGAUGCUCAGUUCACACGUUGACUUGCAGAAAUAUGAGAUUACAAACGUCAAAAUAGUUCAUAGUACGAAAAUGAGAUUCCUUCAUAACUCUCUAGAGAUCGGGAAAUAGCAUACGGGAAUUUCAUGGCUAAUUCUACACCUUGAUUGCAUACUUUCUCUUGGGGAAGUACAUUUCCCUCUUCUUCUCCCUCUCCGUCUUCAGCGAUUGCUGCAAACGUAAAACAAAGAUGGAACUUAUUCAGGGAAAGACCGAUACAAAGCAGAAGCAAAAUGUAGAUAUCAACUCAAGCACGAAAGUGGAGGGAGAAAGGCUACUUUUACUUGAGACCAUUAUAAGAAAUGAAAAGAAUUCCCAAUAGGGGAAAGACACUACUAUUGUCACCGGGAUGAAUACAAGGUUUCACCAUAAGGAUUCAAUAACUUCACUAGCCAACCAAAACCCAGAGAGAAGACAAACAAAAUGGAAAUGAAUCUCAAGUUACAGG